AUGUCCUUAACAGAGGAAAAACAACCUUAUCCUUUGUUUCCAUUUGAUCUACCGGAAAUUUCAAGACCCUAACCUAACUCUUUAACUCUGGCUACUGUUUAGGUUUUGUGAAAAACCCAUCGGACUCAUGGCUUUACAUGGAUCUACCUUUUGCUACAAAGUAAAUUUCAUUGCUACAGGAGACUUUAAGAGACUGCAAUGUUCAUGGACUGACAGUUUCAAGAGAACCCACAAUAGCUCUUCACCUUCCUUGAAGAAAAAUACAUUUUUGGCUGGAAGACUCCAUUUUCAUAAAAAGUUGCACAUUGGAGGAGGAACCCAGUCCUAUGCACAGCCUUUCCGCUUAUUUUCAUUAAGAGCAUGUCAAGUAAGAAGUGAGGAUUCAGAGGAAGUGUUAAGUGGCGAAAGCAUUGUAUUGGAUGAGCAGACCUUAAUGCGUGAGCUUCAGGUUGCCAUUGAAGAAGAGAACUAUGCCCAAGCUGCAAGAAUCAGGGACGGCCUUAAAGUACUCCAGGAAGAUAGCAAGGCUUCAGUACUGGCAGCAAAUGCUCGGUUUUAUAAUGCUUUCAGGAAGGGAGAUCUGGCUGCCAUGCAAUCCCUUUGGGCAAAAGCGGAUAAUGUAUGUUGUGUGCACCCUGGUGCGAGUGGGAUUCAAGGUUACGACGAUGUUAUGGAAAGCUGGGAGCUUGUAUGGAUGAACUAUGAUUUCCCACUAGAGAUUGAGUUGAAAAAUGUUCGAGUGCAUUUUAGGGGAGAUGUAGGUUAUGUUACAUGUGUAGAAUUUGUGAGAACAAAAGGCAGCAGUUGGGGGGCACAAUUUGUCACAAAUGUUUUUGAGAAGAUUGAUGGUCAGUGGUUAAUCUCCAUUCACCAUGCCUCACCUGUUGACCUGUAAGCAUCAUCGCAAUACAUUCAAUAGAUGAAUUGCCUUUUUUGUUAUUUA